AUGGCUUCACAUCAAAUAUCAGGAACUUGUGCUGAACAUACGAUUUCAGUAGCUGAUGAAGAUGCUCGAAAGGUCCAGAGAUUGCGACGAGCUCAAUGGCCCCGAGCAGCUAUUCUAGGAGCUAAUGAUGGUCUGCUUUCUACCACAUCACUAAUGCUUGGCGUAGGUGCAGCAAAGGAAGAUAGACGGUACAUGGUCUUAUCUGGACUGGCUGGAGCUGUUGCAGGUGCUUGUAGCAUGGCUGUUGGGGAGUUUGUUUCUGUCUCAACCCAAAAGGAUAUCGAAAAGGAAACUGUUAGCCACUUCAGUUCGUAA